CUAGGAAACCAAUUUUGUAGUGACUAGUAAACAAAAAAGAUUGUCAUACUAUCAAAAGUUUUAAUCUCCACCCCGGCCAGUAGCGUUACGACAGGAUAGAGGUGCUUUAUAUUUCUUCUAUACUACUAUACCCCCGCUCUACAAACAAGAAACCAAGGAAAACCGCCCAAAUACAGAGAGCCGCAGAGAGAGAGGGAUGAAGAAACCAGGAGGAGCAGAGAAGAAGAAGGUAAGGAGAUCACAAAGUCUGAAAUCCAACGGUUCUAAUACUGAUACUCCUCCUAGGAAGCAAGCUGCGCAAAAGGAUGUCUUCCAGGUAUUUGCUGAGAAAGUUAGAGACCAUAAGGACUUGGUGUCUCGUUGGGCUGUCCUACAGGAAACACGGGUGGAGUAUUUCAGAGGAAAAGAUUUUGUUAGUUUUGUGAGAAAUCAUUUAGAACUGAAAGACAUACUCGAGUCAGAUAGAAGUUUGGAAGCUGAAGAUAUUGCCAACAUUCUGCUUAAGAAGAACCUUUUGGUCCGAUGUGAUCGUGUGGUAAAAACUGUCCGGCCUGGCAAGAAGAAAUUGUCUACCUUUCCAGCACAUUUAGAGAUAUACCAUGAUCAAGUGUUUUCUGAAAAUGAUGCCUUCUUCGCAUGGACAUUUGUCAAAAGAAGGCCCCUAUGGCAAACUCUUCUCUCAUUCUGCUGGCCAGUUUUGACAUUAGCAAUCUGCUUGUUCCCUGUGUAUCCUCAUCAGGUCAAACUGCUUAUACUCUACUCAUGUGCUGGUGUCCUCCUCCUUAUACUUUCCCUACUUUUGUUGAGAGGCUUGGUCUUUGGUGCUCUUUGGAUUCUUCUUGGAAAACGUUUCUGGUUAUUCCCCAACAUUCUUGCUGAGGAGGCAACACUUAAAGAAUUGUUCCAGUUUUGGCCCCAGAAAGAUGAGGGUGAGGGACCUAAGUGGACUGCGAGGCUCUUCUAUGCAAUUGUAGGUGUGGUUGUUAUUUCACUUCUGAGGCAUCAUGCUCCUGAUGAGGCUGCAAGAGCCAGGUAUCAGAAGCGGGUUUCUAAUAUUAUAGACGAUGUACUCGAGUGGUCUCCAAGUCUAGCUUUGUCAGGCAUGAUAGAAAAGCAAACUGUGGUGAACAUCACUGAGCCUAAUGACAAUGUAACUGAUAGCAAGAGCAGCGAUGAAAAGCUAUUUUCCUCAGGUGAUCUAGAUGAUGAAACCAUACCCAGUGAAGAAGUUACUGAAAAUACAGAAGAUAGUGAUCAUCACCAAAACAUAUAAUUUAUAAAUGUUAGAACAUGUUGUACCCAAAGAAAGAAAUUGUUAGAACAUGUGUUUUCAAGGUAGCAGCAGAUUGCAAUUUUCACUUAUAUAUCUUCAGGGUGUUCGAGUGUAGAAGUUUGUAGUGAAGUCAUUGUGAGUAACUAUAUUGGUGUAUAAUUUGAUAUUUUGGAUAUGA